UAUCGACCUCAGUGAUCAUGCCGCUCAUUCAAUCUGAGGAACAGCCUCAGGCUGGAUCAGUAUCCGAGCUACCGGACAGACUUCCCUUUCCCCCGGUCACGUACUCCCAUAUCUUGAACUGUUCUUAUCAGAAUUGGCAUCCUCGCUAUCGCACCUUAACCCCGAAAUCUCGAGCCAUCCCCCUGACCCCACAAUUCGUCUCGUGGCUCCGCGCCGAUGGGAUCGUCCUGCCGCCAGACGAGGCGCGACCGACCGACCCCGACGACGAUGAUGAUACCUUCUCCGAUGACGACGCAGACGAAGAACCAGAUCCAUCAACCGAAUGGCGAGAGAUCCACGACCGCGUCAAGUCCACGAUCGCCGAGUACGGAGGCAUAGUCACCCCGAAGCUCAACUGGAGCGCGCCGAAAGACGCAACUUGGAUGGCGGCGACAAACGAUCUCCAAUGCCAAACCCCAAAUGACAUCUACCUUCUCCUCAAAAGCAGCGAUUUCAUCACGCACGAUCUGGAACACCCGUUCGACGGCUGCGUCGGCGAUAGCGCCGAGGACACUCCCUCUCCCCCACCUCAAGUCCCCUACAGUCUUGUCCUCCGCAAAUACGUGAACUUCAACCCUGCGCUUGAAUUCCGGUGUUUCGUGCGCAACCGUGUCCUGCUCUGUAUGAGCCAAAGGGACCAGAACCAUUACGACUUCCUCUUUGAGAUGCGCGAUGAACUCCGGUCCCGGAUUCAGGCCUUCUUCGACGAGAAGCUGAAAGAUACAUUCCCGGAUCCCAACUUCGUCUUCGACAUUUAUGUGCCGCAACCGUACCAGCGUGUGUGGCUGGUCGAUAUCAACCCGUGGGCUGUGCGGACGGACCCAUUGCUGUUCAGCUGGCUGGAAAUUCUGAACAAAAAAGACCCCAUCGGCAUCCAAGAAGACGACGGUGUGGAGGGGCAGUUUGUGAGAAUUUCUCUCAACGGCGAUAUUACCACCCACAACGGAGCAGGCGAAGAGAUCGAAGAUAUCGACUCCGAAAGCGACGACGACGAGGACCUCGACGAAGACGAUGAAGACUCCCCGUUCCUUCCAGAGUUCCGUCUCAUCAAGCGCGACGACCCAGAAGCGUAUGCGUUCACGUCGACCCAGUAUUCGGCCCACAAGCUGCCCCAAGAGGUGGUGGAGGCCUCCAUGACUGGACCAGGGGGUAUGGGCGAGUUCUUGGGCAAAUGGCAGGACAUCCUGGCCAAGCAAGCACAGGAAUCGGAUACAGAUAGCGAGACUGCGUGACGGCUUUCUUUUCAUUUUUACUUCCCUCUUCGGUUAUCUUUGGCGGCGUUUGUUUACAGGCACUGCUUUGCAUCUGGGCUAGAUGGCGUUUUUAAAAAUAUGGCGAAAUGUGCCAUUAUUACAAACAUCCCACUGUAUCUGUUAGUGGUC